AUGCGUUUUAUGCCUGUCUUUGCGAUGAUUGCACUUCUUGGCGCCGGCUCAAUCGGGGCUGCUGUGGGUCACGAAAUAUCGCCUGCUAGCAACAUGCCCGAGAAUUUCUCCAAGCGGCUUAACAGGGAGAAUGUCUACCGCAGGUUAGAUGACACUGGCCCCGAGAACCUCGACAAACGUGUUUUUGGUGAUGUCAAAUAUCGGCGGUCCGAUGACACCGAGCCUGAGUAUCUUGACAAGCGCCUCAACAGGGAUCUCGUCUACAGCAGGUCCGACAAGUCUGAUCCUGAGGAUCUUGACAAGCGCCUUAACAGGAAAAUGUCUACCGCCGGUCUGAUGACAAUGACCAUGAAAAACUACCACCAGCACUACGUGGAUACCCUUUAUGGAGACUUUGCAUCUCAUGACGGAAACAUUCCAGAACCCACGAAGGAAUUUAAUAGCACCAAAAAGCUAGAAUUUACACCCGCCUAUCACAUACAAGGACGUAAUGCUGGGUCAAUUGGAUGGAUUGACGUUAAUGGUCUAUGUUCGAGCAAUAAUAAUAUUGCUGUGUCCUGUUAUACUCUCUUUAUUCUACAUGACAAGUCUAUCCACCAUCUGCAUGUUUGGGAGUUUUUGUCUGAAAAGGGCUACAUAGAACUUGAACAUAAACGCGUUGUCCAUUCCGCCGAGCAUAUCCACCAACGACACCCAUAUAACCACCGCCUGGCAUCUGUAGAGGGUAGAUAUUCUACAACGGGUUUAGAAUUAACCUAA